UUCCCGGGCGGAGCGUGCAGCUGCCGGACCCUCCCGCGGAGGGUGCUUUCCGGUGCCGCGGCUCAAUGGACGCCAACCUGCGGUUCUGGCGGGCGGAGGGCCAGUCUUUUUUCCAGAGGUUUCUGCUCUGGGUGGACGCCUUGGAUCCCCUGCUGCUCCUGAAGUCCUCCGAUGAAAUAAGAAGCAGCAGGCAGUUGCUAGAGGAGAGUGUAAAGACACCAAGUGAGCCUAUACAGAAUGAUCAGGUCAGACAAGCCUUCCUGCUAAGCCUGUCCAGUGCACAUCCUGAUACAAACCAAAUAACACCUGUUUUGUGUAGACCUCCAGCCUUCCUGCCUUUAUCUCUUCCAUUGGUUAUAUUUUCAUCUAUGCAGCUCCAACCAAAGCAAAAUUUCUUUGGUCAGUUCGCGUUUCACACGUACACCACGGUGUUCACCCUGCUGAAUGGAAACCAUACUGUAAAGGAUGAGGAGUACUCAGUUCAAGAAAAACAGGUCUUCCUCGGCUUGGGAGUCAUUACCUAUGCAUCAGGUGUUGGUGCUUUUCCUCUUUAUUUCAUGAAUCGUUACACGCUGACGAAUCCCUUAGCACAACUCAUCAUCAAAAAACUCCUCUAUGCUCCUCUGCUCGGCUUGUUGAGUGCAUUUACUGUGGCAGCAGUGAGAAGCCCAGAAUUUGAGAAUGGGAUUGAAGUGAUGGAUAGGAAUGGCAAGGUUGUGGGAGUGUCAAAGGCAGCCGGUGAGAAGGCCGUUAGAGAAACAGCACUGUCAAGAGCAGCCUUGUUUGGGACAACAUUCUUCCUGCCAAGUCUGCUGAUGUACUUUGUGGAAAGAACAAAACUUGCAAAAACUCCCCGUGCUCUGGCUUCAGUGAGAAUGCUUCUUAUCACCUCUGUGCUAACAGCGAUGCUGCCAGUUUCCCUCAGCCUGUACCCACAGUGUGGGGUGAUCAAACGAGCAGACCUGGAAGCAGAAAUUCUGUCGUCGACGGAAGAAUCGGAGUUAUUCUACAACAGGGGAAUUUAGAGGUUGGCUUUGCCCUAGACACAUGCUGUAAUGGAGGGGAACUCUGAAAGCAGCAACACACUGGGCUGAAUCAUGGAUUUUGGAGGUGCCUACAGUCUGGUUAUCUGUGACUAAUCUCUUGCUGUACACAGUUUGUAGUGGGAAGCACCACAGCAGAGCGUUUUGCACAAACUGGGCUCUGUGUGCUCCCUCCUCUGAUUGAUCUCUUCAUUAAAAGACUGUUGAAUGCAAAA